GCGCGGGUGUUUGCGCAUGUGUGCAUGUCUCUUUCCUAUCCUCGACUACAGUCUCUCCUACAGGAUGCGCUCUUCUGUGUUUUGAUCGGAUUCUGGUGGAUUAUUUUGUGUAUUUAUAUUAACAUUACUCGAAUAUCAGGGGACUGUUAUGGCUAGUUUGCACAUGGAUGCGUUAUAUCUAUGGAUACUUGGCUCUUUUUGGAGAACUAAUGUGCUGGGUUUGCAGGUGGAAGCUAUUCACCCGGACUGCGCCAUCAUCUCGCAGCACAUGAAGGCUCAGGAACUCUGCAAUCAGACCAAGAAGAAAGAGAGCAAGAACCAGACAGAACCACAGGGAUGCAAGACUGAAUGGGACGAGAUCCGCUGCUGGAUCAGAGCCGACGUCGGCCAGGUGGUUAACGUGUCCUGUUCGGAAGUAUUUCUGCACUUUUCCAGUAAGCCAGGCUACAUCUACAGGAACUGCACAGCAGAAGGCUGGAGUGACCUGUACCCACCUUAUGAGAAAGCCUGUGAGUUAGGAAAUGACACAGAGCCUGAAUCUAAGACAACCUACUUCUCAACUUUUAAGCAGGUGUACACAGCAGGGUACGCCACAUCCCUGAUAUCGCUCAUAACAGCUAUUUUAGUCCUCACUUUCUUCAGGAAGUUCCACUGUACCAGAAACUACAUACACAUCAAUCUCUUUUCCUCAUUUAUUCUCCGAGCCAGCGCAGUUUUCAUCAAAGAUGCAGUUCUUUUCUCAGACGAGUCUCUGGAUCACUGCUUCAUGUCCACAGUAGCCUGCAAAUCUGUUGUAGCUUUCUUCCAGUUCAGUAUCCUGGCUAAUUACUUCUGGUUGCUGGUGGAGGGCAUGUACCUGCAGACUCUGCUGGCUCUCACCUUCAUCUCACAGAGGAAGUACUUCUGGUGGUACAUUCUGACUGGAUGGGGUGUGCCAUCGGUUGUCCUUAUUGUUUGGGUUUUGGCACGAAGUUUCCAAGACAACAGUGGAUGCUGGGAUGACACGGAUAACGUCGGCGUCUGGUGGAUAAUCAAAGGUCCAAUAACAGCAUCGUUGUUUGCCAACAUAAUCAUCUUCCUGAAUGUGAUCCGGAUCCUCGUGGAUAAGCUCAAGUUUCCCGGAGUAGGAGGCAAUGACACCGGUCAUUUCAUGAGGUUGGCUAAAUCUACUUUGUUCUUGAUCCCUCUGUUUGGGAUGCACUACACUGUGUUCGCCUUCUUGCCAGAAAACACAGGAGAAACAGUGAGACUCUACAUCGAGCUUGGUCUUGGCUCCUUCCAGGGUUUUGUGGUUGCUUUGCUCUACUGCUUCCUCAAUGGAGAGGUGCAGGCUGAGCUGAAGAGGAGCUUGUGGAAAUGGCAGACCCAGAAUCAGCUCAGCCCUGGUAAAAAGCGCCGCAUCACCGUCACUCAGAUUAGCGUCAUGGACAGGGCUGAACCGCCGUCGCAGUCGCAUUCCACUUCCAUGAAAGUCACGUCCUUGUAAAGGUCAGACGUCGAAAAUUGGAUGCGUAAAUGGGGAUAACGUUACAUCUUCAGAGGGACACCAGAUACAACAUGGAUCUCGGGAAGCGGUACGGAUCAGGACAGAUCAUGUGAAUCAUGCGAACCGUCCGAACAUCUAGAAGACAACUGGAAGGUUGCGAGUUAGAGAAGGGUAAUGAAAAAAAAGAUUGUCCUGCUUAAAAAAUUGGGGAAAUAUGUGAAGGAACUGCUUCUAAUGCUCCUUUAGGCAUAAUAAGCUGUGAUAAACAUUUUGAGCUUAGGAUCCUGAGGAUUAAAAGGCUCAGGGAACAGUACCAUUAUUUGGUUCGGCAUAAGAUAAAUGCUCCAAGUUCCCAUCUUCUUCUUCUUCUUCUUCUUCUUCUUCUUCUUCUUCUUCUUUUUUUUUUAUACUGUGAAGUACAGAUUCCAGUUGUUGUUCUUGGAGAUUAAUCUUCAAUUUGGCAACUUUCGACGUUUUCCUUACAAAAUACGACUGAAACAAACCCCAAUGCACAGCUUCAUGUGUCUCAUUAAAUAUAUACGUCAUGUCAUACAUGUUGUAUGUGGAAAUAUUAUAGAUAUAAAUAAAAUAAAAAAACAUGGUAAAUAAUUACAAUUUAAAAGAUGUUGCUGUGAAGAUGUCCUUUAACCGUUUUUUAUGUUUAGCUACUGAUUACUCCAUCGUUACUCGGUAAUAUAUCGAAAUUAGUCGAGAUGGUGGAGUUUAAGCUUUUGGUCUAGAGAAAAAAAACGUGUGGUUUCACUUCUCUAAAGUGAGUUUUGUAGCUGAAAUCUAUAAAUGGAUAAAAUGGAAAAAAUACAUGUAUAAAAGGGAAAAAAUGACCUUCUGUGGUAGAAGAGAAAUAAAACACUUUAGGGUUCAGUAAGUUUAACUGUGUGUGUGUGUGUGUGUGUGUGUGUGUGUGUGUGUGUGUGUGUGUGUGUGUGUGUGUACGUGUGCGUGUGUGUGUGGAAUCACGUACCAAAUCCCAAAGCUAAUUCCAUCAUUCUUUCAUCUAUUUAUUGAAUAUUUUGGCACUUUUACAAAGAAAUAAAUAGAAAUCCUCACAGAAUCUUGUACAACUCAGCGUCCCUGUUUUUUGAACGGCGAGUUCAUUUCUGACUAUUAACAACAAGGCCGUCUCUGACCGCAUCUCCUCUCCCGUCUCACUGCAAAGCGGACAAUAAAAAUCCAUACACAUACAAAAUUUGGCACAAACAUGAGAAAUUGAUCACAAGUUCAUCUACAGUGAAAGUUUGACAUGUAGAAAAAAGGCGCAGCUGUUUACCAAGAAGCUUUACUACACAUCAUGAAAAAAAAAGGGGGAAUAACAGAGAAAACGAGGAGGCUAAGAUACACAAGAAGUCUUUCUGAAAGUACGAUACGAUUCUGUUCAGUACAUUCAAGGUUUGAAAGAACGUCGAGGGCCGCGGUACGACGAGGGCCGGGUGUGGCGUUAAAAGCUUUCUUCAUGAUGAGUGCAGUAAUGACAGAACACACACACACACACACACACACACACACACACACACACACAGAGCUGGUAUUGGUUUCUAACAGCUUCGAGACAUGGUCGUUACCUUCUGAGCGCGCUCACUCAGAAAGACAGCUGGUGUCAAGAACACAGAAAGCAGCAGCUUUUUUUCCUGCCUUUUUUCCUCCUUCCUAUUUUACAUGCAGGUGCAAAUCAUUCUUUCAUUCUUUUUUUUAGUGUUUCUUGCUUUCUUUCCGGAAUACAUACAUUUCUGUUGUGGACAUUCAAAACAUCUGCGUCGGAUGGUAUUUAUUAAAAAAAAACCUGAAUAAAUAAUCUGUAUUGAUAAAAUGGGGGACUACUAACUAAGAACACAAGUGUCUCAGUUAUUCAGAAAGGAAAAGUUUCAAACAAAAAGACAUUUUCUGUACAUUAUAUACUGUUUAUAACAUGAAGGACAAUCGAUGCUUCGAUAUUUUUCUGCACUGAAAAUAAAACCAACAGAAAAUGUCUACUAGAAAAUCUCUUGUCAUGGAAGUCUAAGGGCCGGUCUGGAAUCCUGCACAUCAGAUUAAAGGCGAGAGAGAGAGAGAGAGAGAGAGAGAGAGAGAGAGAGAGAGAGAGAGAGAGAGAGAGAGAGAGAAGCGAGAGAAGAGAAGAUA